UUAUUUUUGCGAUUUUCUAAACCUGUUAAAAACAAAGUGAUUAUUUACCAGAAGUUAGUAGUGCUUGGAUUUAUUUUUUCAAUCCGUACAAGUUAGUGGAAUCUACAGUAUAUUCAAAUCGGCGAAUUUUGAAAAUGUCUGCGGCAUUUAAAUUGGCGAAGAAAAAAUACACGCAGCAAGAUCUGCGUCGUAUUAUGCACGAGACCAAGGCAAGCAGCGGUAAAGCAUCCCAGGACAGCACUUCCAAGAAAGUCGAAUCACCUCUCGCAAAGUACAACGAAGCGGGUCAGUUGACAUGCGUUUUGUGCAGCUCGGUCGUCCGUUCGGAAGCCGUAUGGAAAGUUCACAUCAACUCCAAGCAGCAUAAGGAGAAUAUCGAGCAGGCCAAAAAGCUCAAAGAUAAAGUAGUUCAGCGCACCACACCAGCAAAACCGCCGAGCUCAUCGUCCUCCACUCAGCUGACUGUCACCUCACCAUUCAAGCGACCAUCUUCACCUACUCCCCAAGAUGCGACCAGCAACAAAAAAAUAAAGGGAAUCCUAAAGAAUUCCGCCUCCGAACAGAAGCAAUCUUUGCCAUCUGAUUUUUUCGAUUCGGGUACUAAAAUCAAUCGGGAUCUGGUAAAUAUUCGACUGCCAAUCAGUAGAGCCUCUGCGGCGGGUCAAGAAGAUCAAAUCGAAACUGAAUCCCAAGAGCUACCGGAGGAAGAGAAGCUACCGGAGGGUUUCUUCGAUGAUCCAAAGGCGGACGCCAAAGCGCGCAACAUCGAGUACAAAGACCCAAACGAUGAGGAAUGGGAACGCUUUCAGAAAGAGAUCAAAGAGGCUACCACCGAAUCGCUGGCCAUCAUCAACGAGGAACAGGAGGAGUCUACGGCCGAGCGGCAGAUAAGCGAGAUAGAUGAACAGAUCCGGAAUUGGUCCCGGGUGUUAAGUUUGGAAAAGAAAAAGGAACAGGUGCGCCAGAGAACGCUGACGGCGCUGGAGGUUGGCCAGCGGGCUGUUCGGAUUAAGAAAGAAGAAGCGGAGGAGAGCGAUGGGGAUGGGGAAGCAGAUGAUGCGGAAUUCGACGAGUUCCCAGACUGGAGGGCGAAAAAGUCGUUCAAGUAAAUGUGUGGUGAGUGGUUUGUUUUUGUUGUAAGUUCGAAUAAUUAUCGAGUUAUGCAUAGCAAA